AUGACCAGACCCAACUCCUUAUUGUUCACCUUCUUCCCAAAAGCGUUCUGCGAGCAAACCCUGGCCUCCAACAGGUCGCCUCAUUGCGAGUACAGAAUCAAGAAGCUUCGUAAUGAGGAUAAUAUAAUGCGAAAAAUUAGAAACCGACGAAAAGCUCAAGAACGCUGGGAUAAAUUGAGGAAGUAUGUCAGGUACACGUGGGGUUGUAGUUCAGUGGAUGACGAUUACAGCAACGCAAUAAAAGGGGCAUCUUGCUCUGGUGUCAUGAUUAACUCAUUCCAUAGUAAUGGGUCAUCAUUCAAGCAAAGGAAACAAAAAAGAAUGGAUGAUAUCCAUUUUAUCAGAAAAGUCAACUUACCUAGUGAGAAGAAAGCUACUCCAGAGUGUAUCCACAAUGGAAGGAUCAACCAUUGUUUAGCUAAAUCUGCAUCAAAUUUGGAAGGGAGUUUGUCAUGUUCAACGGGUGAACCAGUGAGGCGGGACCAACGCUUGGUAAUAUCCGUUUUUGCAAUUGGGCUUGGAAGUGGAGUGAUAUCUAGUUACAAGAAGCUCAGACCUCAGGCCUCAGAGAUUCAGUACUUCCACUCUUGUGAUGUCCAGGUUUGGGAAAGCAAAAAUUUUUUUGAUGCGAAAGAUGGAAAACAGGAACAUACUGUUGUGUUGCAUAAUGGAGAUGUCUGUCAGGCUCGAGCAUCUCUUGCUGCCGAUGAUUUCACUCUUCCACCACCUCCUUCAUUAGAAUUUAAGGCCGAUUCUGAAAUCAGAAUGGCUGAUCUCCAGAAACAUCUCCAAAGUCUCUAUGAAUACAAUGUCAUGCUGAGGGAGAAGUUAAUCGCUACUCAAUCUCUCCUUCAUGCUCUAACGAGAAGGGCCUCAUCUUCUGCAGUUGAGAGCCAGACUGUUGCGCAGUAG